GGCGGCCGUUGGGGCGGCUGCAGGUGAGCUGAGGGCUCCGCUGCCCGAGCAUCCCCGGCGGCGGUGGCGGCAGCAGCGGCAGCAGAGUUAUUUGGGAGGAAAAUGAAGAGCACUGCCAGGCCUUGGAGUGCAAUGGCAAAGCAAGGGAGCCAUGGUGUUGACAGAGGAAAACCACUUUCCACCACCUCAACAGGAAUGAAAACAUCCAAAUCCUCAACUUCACUUGCCUUUGAAUCUCGACUCAGCAAGCUGAAGAGGGCCAGCAGUGAUGAUCUGCUGACCAAACCCGGGGUGGUGGCAGCAGCAGCUUCAGGAGUCUCCAGGCUGAAGAAGACCAUUACAACAGGAGCUAUUUCUGAGCUUGCUGAGAGUCGCCUGAAGCCCGGCCCAGGAACAGUUUCAGCUGCGAAGCGCACGGGGAUUCCAGCACCCCGGGAAAUAUCAUCAUCUGUGUCCAGGGAAAGGGCUGUACUUCGUGGGCAAGCCAACACUAGGAAAACACAACCCAGCCCCACUUCUUCUGGUACACCAACUCCUACCAAACACGUGCGUCCCACCAGCAAGACCAAGCAAGAGAAUGAAACUGGUGACAAAGCUGUUCUGGAGUCUCAGGUUAAAGAGCUCUUGGCAGAAGCAAAGACGAAAGAUUCUGAAAUCACCAAACUCCGCUGUGAAUUGAAGAAAUGCAAAGAGAAGGCAUCACUUAGCACUGAAGGAAUGGGUGCUUGCAACCAAAAUUUAGAAACAGUAUCACCUGUUGUGGACGUGGAUCCAUUAAUACGGACCCUGCAGGAAAAAAACAGGACUUUUCAAAAAGAGCUUGCGAGCCUGGGAGAAGAAAACCGUGUUUUGAAAGAGAAAUUGCUUUACCUCGAGAACUCCCCGCUCUCAGACACAACAACCAGCAGUGGAGGUGGCAGCAGCCUCCCAACCCCAACCACCCAAGAGUCCAGUUUUGGAAGCCCAUCCAAAAAUGUGUCGAGAGGUGAGGUGGAUGAGCACAGGCAGCACGUGAUGGGGGGUGCCCUGCGCAACUCGGGUUCUUCCAGCAGUGAUGUAACUAAAGCUUCCUUCUCACCUGAUGCCUCUGAUUUUGAACAUAUAGCAGAUGUACCUUCCAGGCCAACGUCCUCCAACAGCAACCACUUCAAAAGCUCCAAGUGCUCCACUACAGGAAGCUCUCCAAACAAUAUUAGUGACCUUUCUGUGGCAUCUCUUACAGAGAGAAUACAAAAAAUGGAGGAGAAUCACCACAGCACAGCAGAAGAGUUACAAGCCACUUUGCAGGAGCUGUCAGAUCAACAGCAAAUGGUGCAGGAGCUGACAGCAGAAAAUGAGAAGCUAGUGGAAGAGAAAGCUCUCUUGGAGACUUCCUUUCGUCAACAUAGAGAUAGAGCAGAACAGCUGAGCCAAGAAAAUGAGAAGCUAAUGACAGUCCUCCAGGAGAGAUCGAAGAAUGAAGAAAGCAGAGCUCAGGAGGGAAAGGUCCUUGAACUGGAACAGAAAUGUGCAGAAGUUCUUGAAAAAGCACAAUUUGAAAGAGAGAAAUUGCUCAACAUUCAGCAGCAGUUAACCAGCAGCCUCCGAAGCUUGGAAAGGGAGCAUCAGGAUGCCCAGCAGGUGAUUAAAAGCCUGAGAGAAGAAAAUGAGAAGCUGCUUAAACUUCUAGAAGUGGAACAGCAGAGCAACAGCACAGUGACAAAAACUCUGGAGGAUUGUAAAAUUGCCUUAGAAGCUCUAAAAAUUGAGAAUGGCUCUCUCAAAACUCAGCUGGAGAGUGAGAAACAAAAGGCUGCAGAAAUCAAUGCAAUGGGAUGUACUACUGACAACUCUGAGGUGCAGGAGAUGCUGAAAGUAGCCUAUGCAGAAAAAGAUCAAUUAGAAGCCUCUUGCACUGAGCUUAAACAGGAGCUGCUGAAGGCAAACAGUGAACUGAAGCACGUUCAGGGUCUGCUAGCUAAGGCUGAGAAUGAGUGUGGUCAGCUGAAGGAGAUGUGUGACCGGCAGGCUGAGCAACUGAGCAGAACCAGCCAGAAGCUGCAGGAAAAAACAUCAGAGAAUGAAACUGAUAUAAAAAACUUGAAAGAGACCAUUUUUGAGUUGGAGGACCAGGUGGAACAACAUCGUGCAAUAAAACUUCACAAUAACCAGCUCAUCACUGACCUAGAAAAUAAAGUGAUGAAGCUGGAAGAACAAAAACAAGAUACAGAGAGGCAGCUGAAGGCUCUGACUAAGCAAAUGAAGGAAGAUACAGAAGAGUGGAGGCGUUUUCAAGCUGAUCUGCAGACUGCUGUGGUUGUAGCCAAUGACAUUAAGUGUGAAGCUCAGCAGGAACUCCGGGUGGUCAAGAGGAAGCUUCAGGAGGAAGAGGAAAAGAAUGCCAGACUGCAGAAAGAGUUGGAUGAAGUGAAGGGCAGCAACAGGCUGAUAGCUGAAGAGGCAGAAUCUGUGGAGCCAGACACAACCAACCGCUGGCAAGGAGUCUGCAUUAGCAGAGCAUCUCCCACCCCAUCAGAAUCUGCAGCCACUGUGAAAUCACUGAUAAAAUCGUUUGACCUUGGAUGCUCAGGUAGCACUGGCCAAAAUAUCCCAGUUCACAAAGUCCCCAGGAGCCCUCUAAGUGGAAUUCCAGUGAGGACAGCCCCAGCAGCUGCUGUUUCCCCCAUGCAGAGACACUCUGUUUAUAACAAUGCCAAGCCAGCUAGCAAGGGUGUUGCCAGACACACAGAUCUUUCAGACCUUCCUCUUGCAGACCUUCUGAAGGGGAGAACUGAAGAGCUGAAACCAGACCAUUACCUCCGUAAAAGCCCCUCCCUGGAAUCCCUGAGCAAACCACCCAUGGCCUUCAGCAGCAGAAUGCUCAGCUCUACCCCCAGCAGCUUGAAACCCCAAAGCAAACUCAGUGUGGAGAGAAAGGACCCACUGGCAGCCCUGGCUAGGGAGUAUGGUGGUUCAAAGAGGAAUGCUCUGUUGAAAUGGUGCCAAAAGAAGACUGAAGGUUACCAGAAUAUUGAUAUCACCAACUUCAGCAGCAGCUGGAGUGAUGGGCUGGCCUUCUGUGCUCUCCUGCAUACCUAUUUGCCUGCACAUAUUCCUUACCAGGAGCUCAAUAGUCAGGAUAAAAAGAGAAAUCUGCUGUUAGCAUUUCAAGCUGCUGAAAGUGUAGGCAUCAAGCCCAGCCUGGAGCUCAGUGAGAUGCUGUACACAGACCGGCCGGACUGGCAGAGCGUCAUGCAGUACGUCGCCCAGAUUUACAAGUACUUUGAGACCUGAGAUGCAGAGCAAGAGGUGGACAGAAGUGGGGAAGAGAACACAGAAUGCUACAGAUGCACUCGAUCACUUUAAAAAUCCACUUGCUCCUCUUCCACAACCAACCUAAGCUCUUAGUUUGAAAGAAAUUCUUCCCUAAUUUUCGUUACGUCUGGGACUGCGACCAAAAAAAUCUCCAUCCUCCAUCUCUACAAACCAAAUUCAUCUGUGAUUUUAUUCCCACGUGGGAAUUGCAAAAAAGAUUUUGGAACACGUGUGGGAUAUUUCUGAAGAGGAUCCCUUGUGCUAAACAAUGUUUGCCUCAAACCUGACUCCACCGACUGGAGACCUGCUACGAAACAAAGUUCUGAAUCAGUGUGGACUCUGUUGGCACUCAAGGGAAGCUGGGAGAUUAAUAUUAAUACAAAAGCUCACAAAAAUGCUCUUCUUGCCAAAACAUGCUUAGCUCAUCCCAAAUACAUGUUGUUUUCUUGCCUCCAUGUAUUUUCUAAACCAUCAUGACAGAUGCACAUAAAUGGGUAGAACCUUAACCUGAGUUUUUCUCAGGUAUCUCACCCAUUCAGUACACUACUGUGCUUGUCAGAGCUUAACCAGCAGGAUAAUAACAGGAUCAUUUGUAACUCAGAAACCACAUUCUGUUCACUCACUGGGUAGUGAACAAACUCUAAAAUAUCCUGUUAGGUGCUGGGACUUCAUUUCAAAUCAAACAGAAGGAAUCUCUUUCAGGAAAAAAUAGCUUUAUUACUACAACUUCAUUACUUGAUUACUACAGGAAGCCAGAGCUUGGUUUCCCAGCUGACUGUGCAGGCACAGUUGUUGUUGGAAUCUUGCAAAUGCCAUUUACUAGCUUUAGUUUGCAAGUAAUCAGGUUGAGGGCUCUCUAAGCAAUACAGUGUCAUCUCAGUAGUAACUAUUUUUGCGGAUUGAGUAGCUUCUUUCUUCUGUGCUGUGUAAUCAGCACAGAUAUGUGAUUGUGGUGUAGAGGCAUGAACAUUGAGACAGCCAGUGCCCUGUCCAGUGAAAUGUAGCACACUGUUUCAUGCUUGGAAGUGAUGUUAGCUUGUAAAGGAACACAGGAACACAUUGGUACCAACAGAAGCUGCAAUUUCACAAGUUAGAAUGUAACUGGAACCCCUCUCUGUGUCAUAGGAACCUCUCAGGCGCCAGAAAAGAGCUUUCCAGCUCAGUUAUACUGUUGGUAAAAUGUCUGAAAGAUUCUGUUUAAUUCCCAUUAUACUUUCUCUCUUAUUUCAUCUCAUGAAGCUGAAUUUUCUGUUUGUCUCCAAGGACAGGAGGAUCAAGCAGGCAGCUUCAUUUGUUCUAAGAGCAGGUCUUGGAAGGCACACUUUGCACAGGACUGGCUGCUUUAGAUUGUAUUGGUAGAAGAAAGUUGUUUAGGUAGCAUGUUUAACCCUGUGGCUGGACUUGAUGCUUUGUGGAUGUUAAUUGUAGGGAGCUAGGGAUCAUUUCUCUCUUACUAAAAGAAAUAGUGUGUGCUCACUGCUCUUAACUCCUGGAAAAAAAAAAGGCUCAUGAAGUAGAAACAAGUAAUUUCACAGAAAAAACUUGGUUUCAGGUUUUCUGGGGGAUUGCAGGUGGCUGAUCUCAGCCUCUGGCUUCCCCACAGUGCUUCGUUGUUUGUUUGUUUAAAUACUACUUAAUUAGUAAACAACCUGUUUGAAACUUUGGUUUUCUCACAGCAGAAUACAGGAUUAUGGGAUAGAUGGCAGUGGCCAAGGUCACCGUGUGUACUGAACAGAAAGAAAGCUGGAGGAAUGCAGAGUAUGUCUGUUGUGCAGGAGGAGAAACAUCUCUUGCUCUUAGUUUUAGUCUGACAUUUGUUCUAAUCCCUCAGGAUUUCCCAAAGGAAAGUUUGAUUCCAACCUUUUGAGGGUCUGUGUGAUAAAAAAGGACAGUGGCACACACUUGCAUCCUACACUGUGACAAAGCAGUUGCAAAUGCUGACCAGAGUUAUUUCAUUGCAAGAGAGUGCUUUCCAGAUUGAAUUAACUCCCUCCAGGGUUUUCCAGCAUCCACUCUGUCUUCCCUAGAGAACACUGGAUGGGUUUUCUCUAAGUGUUCUCAGACACAAACCUCCUGUUAUCUGAUAUAAGAUAGAAGAGAAAAACAGCUUCCAAGCAGAGCUGAUUUCAGAAGGCAGUCACACUGCAGAGCUCCACUGCCUCCUGGGUGCAGCAGGCUCCUUUCCCUGGAGGUGUCCCUUGGCAGAGGUCCCAAUUCCCUCCAACAGGCUGCAGUUCAAAGCAUGGUGAAGUCAACACAGAAAAUUCCAUAUUCCUCAGUGGGCUUUGGAUUGGGCACUGGCAGGGAUGAGAAAAACUGUUUUAAUUCCCAGCGUCUGGUAAACAUUUCAAAGUCAGAGGGCUCCACUUGAUCUGGAAAAGAAAGAUAAUCUUAACCCUCUGGUUGCUGGACCUUAUAAACCAUUGUUUGAUCUAGCAGCUCUUCUGUUUUUGAAUGAUUUUUUGCAAAGCAAUGUUUCUGUCCUCUCUUUGCAUCUUACUCUCCCGUGCCCCCCAGCAGCACAGAACAAACACUCCUAUCCAAUUCAGAAAAUUUUUUUACUUAUCUAGAAGUUAGAACAAGAGCUGGCAGUAGGGUAGAAAAUACUCAGUUUCACCAUUUGCUCAAUGCUGCUUUUCAGUCCUCAAACCUGCAAAACUUCACAUUUUGAAAUGCUGAUACUUUGAGAUUGGGAGAUACUCUUUGAGAUUCUAUUUUGAGGUUAAGAAUAUUGUCUGUUUGUUCAUUUAACUGUCACAAUAUUAGGUAGGUUUUUUUCCUUUUGAACCUUGCACAGUUACAUUUCCAGACCUGGACUUUCUGUCAUUUUUUCAUAUUGCUUUACAAUCUAAAUAAUUUAAAUCCAUCCCCCACAAGGUGCUGCAGACCAGCCUGAUUUUUAGAAAAUCAUCAGGGCCUUGUAAGACAUCUCAGAUUUGAACUGCAAAAUUAAAUUUCUAGCUGCCUUUAAAAUUAGAGAUUGUUUAUUAAGUGAAGCUAGAGAGUAUAUGAAUAAUUUUCAUAGAAGUUCUGAGAAUCCUCUGAAAAUGCCCUAGAAUGUAACAUGGCAUGAUUGAUAUGAUAUGAUAUGAUAUGAUAUGAUAUGAUAUGAUAUGACAUGGCUGGUGUUGUAUCAAUAACCUUUUGCCUAAACUGCCCAAAUCUUUUCUAACUUUGCCUCUCAGGAGCAAUGGAUCUUUCCUUGAUGCAGGUAGAUGAAAAAAACCCAAAUCUCUUCACCGUGUCACCAUGCUCCCUAAAUAUCCAGUCACUCUUAAACAUACCUGCACAUGCUUGUGUGUGUGUCCUUGGGUAAUCCAUGGGACUACAAGAAACUGAAUAGCUGAUUUGGGAUGAGCACGUGAGAAGGAUGGUUAGGAUGGGGAUCUCAGUGAAGUUCUGUGGAGGGAUAUUGUGUGGUGUGACUGUUGUACUGCAGCUGGUAGAGAGGAAAGGAGAUUUACCUGUGAAAAGUCUAAAAUAGGACUUCCAGAAUUUCUGGGGUGUCGUAGAAAGUACAAGUUGUUUCAUGGCUUGGAAAGAUGGAGAGGUGUUGAGGAGCAAGCCCAGAGACAGCCCUUUAGGGAGGGUUCUAGAAAGGCUGAGGAGCUGUUUCUGAAAGUGCACUGUGAAACUCAACAGAGGCAAAGUCCAGCAGGUGAGGAGAGGGACACAAAUGGGACAAAAAUACCUGGGCCUCUGGGGACAGCAAGGGACAUGAGCUUGAGAGUCCUUACUGCCUGUCAUCUCAAGUGACAUUCUCCUAACAUGGCAGCCUGGGGUGGAUCUCAGAAGAUGAGGGAGGAAGAGAGCAUGGAGCUUGCAGCCUUUGCCAGGAUCCUGUGCCUGUGACAGUCACGGAAAUGCAAAGGGGACAAAGAUUUCCUGGUUCUUCCUGUGCUGCUGCAGGCAGCCCUGCUGAGCAGGGUGAUUUUUGACUUCUGCACAUUCUCCAGUUUCCUCUCAGUGAGGCACAUUCUCUUUGGCAGGUUUUCUUUUUUGAAGUUGGUUUUAUUUACAGGUUUUCUCUGCCUUUUUUUUUUUCUGUUCUGUUUUAUAUAUGCAACUGGUUAUGUGCAGGUUUCCUGUCCAAACCAAGUUCAGCGUACGCUGGCAGAAGGAUCAGUUCUUCCCUCUUUGAUUCCUGAUCUGGAACUCUUCAAAACCCUACCUAUUUUAGCUUCACUGACUUUCCCUCUUCCUUGGCAAAAAAAAUAUGAACAUUGGCUCAUGAGUUCCUUGGAACAUCCCUCAUCUUCCUGUGCUUACAGUGCAGAGGCUUCCAGCAGCAGGGAUCUGAUGGGGCAGUGGUUUGCCAAGCUGUGCCUUGUGUAUCUGAGAAAAGGCAGAGGCUGUAUGGGAUGAGAUGAUGCAUUUUCCUGUCAGAAGAGGGCUUUUUGCCUAAAAAGACUCAGGGCACUGAGCAUUAAGACAUUUUUAAACCCAGCAAUAACUUCUACUAUGCUAGACUCUUGGUUUUUACCAACUCCAGUGCCAUUUAGACUCACUCACCAGUAUGGUGUAGAACCAAGUUUGUAACUGAACUGCAAUUAACAUUUUUCUCAACUGAUGGUCUCUACAUUUUUAGACUUGCACGUGGGCCAAGUUCCACUGGGCAGUGCUGGACACAAUGUUUUUAUUGAUUGUUGGUCCAGGCUUGAGUUUGUCAUAUGGGAUAAUCACCUCUAACAGCCAGCCAAGUACUUUUAGCUUCCUCUGUUGGGUACAGAUGUUACAUCAUAACCUAAUUUAUACAAAGAGCACAUUAGAAUGUAUAUACUAAGCAUUGCCACAUUUGGACAUGCUAAUAUUUAAAGAUUAACAUUAUUAAAAUGUAUGAUGCAAAAAAUCUGUGUAAUAUUUCUAAUAAAUCUUUUUUCUGUUUCUGA